GGCAAUUGUGAUUUCGAUACUGUGAUAUUGUCGAUAUUUCGAAAAAAAGAUUGAACGUGCAGUGUUUCUUCAAGAUUUAUCGUGCGACUUCAAAUUUUUUGUCUUCACUUUUCGUGACUAUGGAGAUUCAGGAUAUUUAAUAAUAAUAAUAAUUUAUAUGAAGAAAGAAAAUUGUUUGUAAAAAAAAAUAAUGUGGUAAAAUUAUGGACGACCGGUUAUAUCCACUCACUCGUUUUCAGUUCGCUUAAUCUCUCAAUCUCCUUUAGUUAGUCGAUAAAACAGAAAAUGUUAGGAAAAAUUACGUUUUCGUAAUGUACAUACCGACAAUGCGAACGUAGAUUUUCGCGGCUUGUACAGGUUGGAAGAUCAUCAUCCAGAAACGCGAGUAGAUCUGUUGUCAGUAGGAAUCAUCAACUGUAUGGAGAUUUAUCGGAGAAAAAUUAUUAUCUGAACUAUGGAUUCUCCACCUGCUUUGGAAACUGUCUAUCAAGCUGUAUAUUCCUUAUACAAUAAUUCAAAUCCAUCCGAUUCUGGGAAAGCAUCAUUAUGGCUUGGAGAAUUGCAAAAAUCAGUAUUUGCAUGGAAAAUAUCUGACGAAAUGUUGCAGCAAAAGAGAGACAUAGAGUCUUGUUAUUUUGCUGCACAAACUAUGCGUACAAAAAUACAAUUAUCCUUUCAUGAGUUACCUUUAGAAGCUCAUACUUCUUUGCGCGAUUCUUUAAUGGAACAUAUAUCACAAAUUAAUGAACAUACCAAUUCUGCCAUUGUUACACAGUUAUGUUUAGCAUUGGCAGCUCUUGCGUUACAAAUGUCAUCGUGGCAGAAACCUGUUAUAGAUUUAAUUAACAGGUUCGGAAGAACAAGCAGCAGUCUUUGGCCAUUGCUAGAGAUUAUGACUGUACUUCCAGAAGAAGUAAAGUCAAAAUCUCUUAGAUUAGGAGCCAACAGAAGACAACACGUAUUGGUAGAGCUUAUUGCAACUGCUGAUACAGUUACAGAAUUCUUGAAAAUGUGUUUGAAAGAUGGCGGUGAUAAUGUACAAAUACGAGUUACUAUUCUUCGAUGUUUUACUAGUUGGAUUACUGUUCGUGCUAUACCUCUUCAGACUAUACCAACGAGUGAAGUUGUGACAUACGUAUUUCAAGUAUUGGGUAAUCAUAUGGCUGGUUCUCAAUUACACGAAGCUGCUGCAGAUUGUAUGUGCGUUAUCCUACAAGCAUUAGAAGAAGAUAGUAAUAGUAGUCGAGAUAAUAAUAGCGAACCAAGUGCUCAAUUUCAACAAUUACAAAUGUGUCUUUUUAGUAAUGUAAUGGAUUUAGAACAACCAUAUCAUUUAUCUGUCGUUCACGAAGAUAUGGAAAAAUCUAUUAACUAUUGUCGUGUUUUUACGGAAUUGGCCGAAACAUUUAUCGAUACUAUCAUAGAAGGUAGUAUGGAUAGAAAAAGUCAUUAUGCUAUCAAGAUUCUUGAUCUUGUUCUCAUGUGUCUUGGACAUCACGAUUAUGAAGUCGCACAAAUAACUUUUCAUCUUUGGUAUCGAUUAUCAGAAGUCCUUUAUCAAAAAAAUGAUGAUGAACUUAAUCUCGUAUUUCGACCACACAUUGAACGAUUAAUCGGUGCACUUUGUAGGCAUUGCCAAAUGGAACCAGAUCAUCUUGGUUUAGUAGAAGAAGGUGGAGGAGGAGAAGAGUUUGCAGAAUUUAGAAAUCGCGUAUCAGAACUCAUAAAAGACGUAAUAUUUGUAGUUGGCAGCAGUCAUUGUUUCAGACAAAUGUUUUCUUCGUUAACAGGUGGUCCUGGUCCACAAGGACUACCCGUUCAAACUCCUACUUGGGAUUCUAUAGAGGCUGCGCUUUUUGUAAUGCAAGCAGUUGCUAAAAAUAUACUACCAGAGGAAAAUGACGUUGUUCCAAAAGUAGUUGAAGCAAUCCUUAAUUUACCAGAAAACACUCAUAUUGCUGUACGACAUACAAGCAUUCUUUUGUUAGGAGAAUUAUGUGAAUGGAUAGACAGUCAUCCCCAAACAUUAGAACCAAUACUAAAUACUUUAUUGGCUUGUCUAAGUCAAAAAGGAUUAGGAACUGCAGCAUCCGGUGCACUUUUAAGCAUUUGUACUGCAUGUGCAAUACGUAUGGGACCGCAUUUCCCUGGAUUGUUGCAAAUUGCACGCUCUCUUGAUAGUUUUGGCAUAAGUAAUGAUUCUGCUAUUGGAUUGCUAAAAGGUGCAGCAUUAGUUUUGGCAAGAUUACCAAGAGCAGAAAUUACCCCAGCAAUGAAAGAAUUAUGUUGGUUUCAAGCUAUACCACUUUGCGAGCUUUUGCAAAAUAAAGUACCAAUAGAAAAGGGAACAAAGACUGAUCCUGUGAUAUGGUUAGAUAGAUUAGCAGUAAUAUUUAGGUACACUAAUCCUCUAAUCCGGGAUUCAAACGAACCACAUCCCUGUCAGAAUGUUGUUACUGAAAUGUGGCCAGUAUUGUCAAAUGUAUGUACAGAAUAUCAGCACGAUGCAAGACUUAUGGAAAGAUGUUGUCGUUGUUUAAGGUUCGCUGUUAGAUGUGUAGGCAAAUAUUCCGCACAUCUCCUUGAGCCACUUGUAAAACAGAUUGUACAAUUAUAUUCCGCGCAUCAACAUAGUUGUUUCUUAUAUCUUGGUUCCAUAUUAGUCGACGAAUAUGCUUUUGAAACGGAAUGUUUGCCAGGAUUACUGAGUAUGUUGGAAGCUUUUAUCGGACCUACUUUUACGAUUCUUCAACAAGACGAUGGUUUAAAAGAUCAUCCUGAUACUAUAGACGACCUCUUCAGAUUAUGCGCUAGGUUUCUACAAAGAGUACCUAUUCCUUUUCUACAUUCAUCAAUAAUCGGAAGUGUAAUUGACUGUGCUUUGAUGGCAUGUAGUUUAGAUCAUAGAGAUGCUAAUGCUUCAGUAAUGAAAUUCUUUUAUGAUCUUUUAUAUAGUGGUAGAAUGCUUCAGUCACAUCCGGAUUACUCGAUACGACGACAAUUAGUGAGAGGAAUAAUAUUAGAAAAAGGUCAAACAUUAGUUAUGAGACUUCUUCAUGCUUCUGUAUUCUCGUUAUCUUCGUACAUGUUAUCCGAUGUUGCAGACGUUAUCGUUGAACUUAAUUUAGCCGAUAGGCAGCUUUUAUCAAAAUGGUUAGAAGAAGCUAUAAAAUCAAUGCCAACUCAAAAUGCGGAUGGAUCUCCUACGGCAACGAACGAACAACUUGUUGAAUUCCAUAAUACCGUUACAAGAGCUGAUAUAGCUAAACCUGUGACAGUUGCCCUAAGAUACUUCGCGCGUUUAUAUCGUUGAUGCAACUUGAUUUUUUAUCAAUGAUUAACAAGAACUAAUAACUAGUAAAGUUCUUCCAACAUGCAAUACCCCUAUGCAAUUACAACCGAAAGUGAUGAGAACCUACAAGGGUGUUGUUAACUGAGAAAGAGGGAUGGAAAGUAAGAAAUUUAUAUAUACAUGCGUCUAACUUGUAUCAGCUGUAAGGGGGAAAAAAAAAAAGAGAAAUAUUUUUAAUUUUUGACCAUCAGAUUGUAAUAUGCAAUAUCUCUUUUUAUUUUCCAUCUAAUCGAAGUUAUAACCGUAUUUAACUUUUCACACUUUGGAGACACAGAUUUUAUAAUUAUAAUAUUACGAUUAACAUGAUACAUAAAUUGCAGAGUAUCUCAGUUAUGAAUUUGUUAACUCGCUAUAUCAUUAUUAUAUUUAUGAGAAACUAUGGAUUGAAAAUGUACAAGCGCAUGAUACUGGAAUCAAUUUAUAUAAAAUUUUCUUUGAAAAAUAUAUUUAAGUGAAAAUUCUUUCAUGGAAGGUCUAUGUAAGAUUGUAUUAAAAAAUUUUUGACGUUUCAUAUAAACACACUGAACUUCUUAAGAAAAAAGAAAAGAAAAGAAGAAAAAAAAAAAAGAACUGCUUAUUCUUUCUAAUACAAUGACAACUAUCUCAUCAAAAUUUCAAAGUAAAUAGUAGAGCCAAUCUUAAAAAAAAAAUGCUCCCAUACUAUUUCUUUAUAAUCACGGGGUACGUAUUAAAUGAUAAAAAUCUACACAGAAAAGUUUCAAUGAUGUAUAAAAAUGUUAUUGUAUUAAUAUAACAACUUCGUACUAUAGUUCCAAACUACUACUAUUACUAUACAGAAAUGAAAUCUGUAUGUGUAACGACUGCUUUUCUGUGUAAUAAAAUCAUAUUUAUAUAAGGAUAACGCAAUUAUAAGUAUAAUACACAUUCAGAUAUAUAAAAAUAAGUUUAGAAGCUUACAUUCUUGAUAUAUUUAAUUUAACAAGCUAUAGAGCGCGCUAUUCUUAAAUUGUACAGAUUGUUUACGAAAGCAAAGAUAAAGUUCAAGUUUGUCAUGGAAUGUUAUCGUGUACAUAUAGCAUACUUUAUAGUACAGAACUUAAGAUACUAUGCAGGACUAUCUUUAAUGUACUAUCAUUGAUGUUUAAACUGAAAUUCAAUUGUGAUGUACAUCGAUAUAUAAAUACCGAUUUAGCAUUUAUUAAUGACAGUUUAAACACUGCUUCAUUUUGUAAUGACAGAUAAUGAAGAUAAUUGAAAUAAAGCGAUAUUUUUUACCUAAAUAAAUAAAUAAAUCAAUAACAAAUAAAUCAAUCAAUCAAUCAAUCAAUCAAUCAAUCAAUGAGUCAAUCAGUAAAAUAACUUUUACUCGACUCAUAACGAACGUAAUAUUAAGCUGAUUAAUUUAAUUAGAAAAUAGAAUGUAGUGAAAUGAAUUUAAGGACAUUAUGCCAACGUAUACACUUCUCUCAUACGAUACAACAGCACACGGUUUCUUGCAGACAACACGCGAAGAAUGCAGAGUGGCACGACGCACGGCUCCGACAUUCCAAGCUCAGGAGGUGAUUCACGAUCAUUUCAUCUAUCUAUGGAACGACUGGCUCGUAGACUUAAAACGUUUCAUUCUAAACAUGCCAUGCAAAUGUAGUUAUGUUCAUUAAAAAAGUUAUCAGAAAAUUUUA